AUGGCUCCCAGAGACUCCGGAGGCUCAGUCUCAGACAGCUCCACUACCACGACACCCUAUAUUGCUCCCGAAGAUAUAUCAGGUUAUAGUUCCUCCGCUUCUACUUCAGUUCCGAAAGCUCAGUCUCAGACAGCUCCACCACCACACCCGAUUGCUCCCGGAGAUAUAUCAGGUUAUAGUUCCUCCGCUUCUACUUCAGUUCCGGAGACUCAGUCUCAGACAAGUCCACCACCACCACCCCUGAUUGCUCCCGCAGCGCCUCUGGUUCCUCCCGCUGUGCCUCACAUUGCUUCGGGUCUUCAUCCGGAUUUGAUGGUGCCAUCCAAAGCUCCGUACGCUCAGUAA